UAUGAUCGAUAAAUAUGAUCAAUUUUAUUUACAAUUACAAGAGAGGACUGAUAAGGUGCCAAAAGGUGAUAUGAUUAUUUUAAUGAGAGAUUUUAAUGCUUGUGUUGGUAAACAAGAACAUUUAAUUAUAUCCCAGAUGGUCAGACCCCUUGUAGCUGAUCUUAAAAAUGAAAAUUGCAUUAGACUUGCCGAUUUUUGUUUAGCAAAUGGAGCUUUUGAAGACAAAAAAGAUGAUGAUGAUGAUGCUAAUAUUAAUUAA